UUCGCAAUAACGACUCGUGAAAGUGGAAAAACUCUUUUCCUUCAUUAACUUUGUUCAUUCCAACGUUAAAGAGACUUUGUCAUAUAAUUCUUUUGAUGCAAUCACCGAAUCUCGCUCCAAAUUUUCAACUUGAUUACAACACUCACUCAUGCUUCGGUUUCUCUCUAAUGGGUCAAAUCUUUAUCAGCAUUUUACAUUUAUCCCAGUUAUUAUAAAAUCGUUGCAAGUUUUCACGCCUGCCACCUAUUCGACAAAUGUCCCAGCCGAAAAUGAGGUUAAAUUGAAAAAAUUUAGAGAUAAAUGGAAAGAUGCCACUGAAGUUUUGAGUAAAUGGGGUUGUGAUGAAGACGAUUUGAAGAGAAUAUUUCGCCGUUGCCCCGCAUUGCGUGAUGCCGAUCCUUCUCAGGUUCAAUCUAAACUUUGCUUGCUUAGUGAUUUGGGUUUAGGGUCAUCUGAGCUAGUGAAGAUUAUCAAUUGCAGGCCUAGAUUUUUCAGGACACGGAUUAACCAUAAGUUCGAAGAGAGGCUUGACUCUCUUGUGUCAUUGUUUGAGUCAAAGGAAAUGCUUCACAAGGCCAUUGCAAGAAACCCUUCAUUGUUAUGUGAAAAUAGCUAUGAUAUCGAAGGUAUUGUUGCACAAUAUGAAGAGUUAGGUGUACCGAAACGGGACUUCAUUAAAAUGCUGAUUUUGCGGCCGACAAUCAUUUCGAGGACUUCCUUUGACGAUGAGAAACUUGAAUAUAUAAGUAGAACUGGGGUUUCGAAGGAUGCCAAAUUGUAUAAGUAUGUGGUGACAUUAAUAGGCAUUUCUCGUGUGGACACGAUUCGUGAAAAGGUGUUGAAUCUUGCAAAGUUUGGUUUUUCAGAUGAUGAGAUACUUGGUCUUUUUGGGAGGUCUCCUAAUAUUUUGACCUUGUCGACUGAUAAGGUUCAGAGGAACAUGACUUUCAUUUUAGGUACAAUGAAGCUUGAAGCUAAGAUGAUCUUAAAGUACCCGUAUCUCUUGUUUGCAAAUAUGGAGACUGUUUUGAAGCCAAGAGGGUUACUAGCAAUGAAGAUACAAGAUAUGGAUUCCAAGUUGAAAAUACCCUCAAUACUUAAGGCAUUGAGGAUGUCAGAGGAGAGGUUUUUAAAAUUGUUUAUUGAAUGUCACGAGAAGGAAAUUGCUGAUGAAUUAAUGGAGUUUUAUACAAGGACAAAAGAGUUUAAGAGAUUAGCAGCUUCAUCAAAGACUUGUACUACUAGAGGUUUCCCUUUUUGAACUAUAUCUAUAUGCUGCUGAAGUAGAUUUCUGUUUUGUGGUAAUAAUUUUUCCGACGCUUAGUAUUAGUUUCUCUGUCUGUCUAAAUCAUAAUGAAGAUUUUUCCUGUUAGUUUUUUUGUGACAGGUGAGCGGCUUACUUUUGAAAUGAGGAAAUAAUUUAUAUUCAUAUUGAUGUAAAAUAUAGGCCGAAUGUUCUUACAAAUGACAAUGCACUAAUCCUUAUUUAUGCUUA